UUUGCUGACACUGAGAAGAAAACCGUGUGCGAAACCCUACAGGUCCACUUCGACCUGAGACUCACGCGAUGUGUAUUAAAGAGGACACAGAGCACCGCCUUUGGAUUAAGAGAAGAGCCUGACAGCAGACAUAUCAGCUUCAACCAAUCCAGCACAUUCAUCAGCAACAAAACUCAAACUUCCUCGUUUGACGAUCACCGCAGACACACACCUGCAAGCAUACAACUAGUACCACUACCGAACUUAAGACACGAAAAGCAGAACCAACCGGGACAACAGCACAAUGUCUGGACAACAAGGACGCAAGAUCGCCAUCGUCGGCGCCAGCGGCAACAUCGGCGGUCUCACCCUCAACGCCCUCCGCGAGAAGGGCAUCCACACCAUCACCGUCCUCACCCGCGCGGGGUCCUCCGCCACGUUCCCCUCGGACGUGAUCGUCAAGAAGGGCGACUACUCGGACGACUCCUUCCUCGUCUCGGCCUUCCGGGGCCAGGAUGUCGUCGUGCUCCAGCUCGGCUUCGACAGCUUCAUGACCGGCCAGGCGCCGCUCAUCCGCGCGGCGGCCAAGGCCGGCGUUAAGUGGGUGCUGCCCACGGAGUUCGGCUCCGACCCGGCGCCGUCCAAGCUGCUCGACGCCAGCCCUAUGGUCUCGGGCAAGAAGCAGUUCCGCGACUUGGUCGAGGAGCUGGGCAUGAGCUGGAUCGCCGUCGUCAACAACCCUUGGUUUGACUGGUCUCUCGGGCAGGGCUUUUGGGGCAUCGACGUCGCGAAGCGGUCCGCGCGCCUGUUCGACGGCGGCGAGACCAAGUUCGUCACGACCACGAUCGGGGCCACCACCAAGGCCACCGCGGGCGUCCUCAGCCUGCCCGAGCCGGAGUUCGAGGCGUUCCGCAACAGGCCGGUGUAUCUCAAGUCGUUCCACAUCAGCCAGCGGGACAUGCUCGGCAGCAUCCUGCGCGCGACGGGCACCGAAGAGAAGGAUUGGAAGGUCGAGGUCCUGGAUGCCGCGGCCGUUGUUGCCGACUGCGAGGAGAAGGCGAAGCAGGGCGACCAAUUCGCGUUUCUGGUUGGGUUUUACGUCAACCACAUGCGCGAGGGAUGGGGCGGUGAUUACAUUGAGAAGGUGGCCGAUAUGGGCAAGCUCGGGGUUGCGGAGGAAAAGUUGGACGAGGUUGUCGCGAGGGUCGUCAAGGAGAUUGGUGGUCAGUGAAUGCGUCGUCGAGGGUUGUGUUUCCCCAUUGAUGUAAAAACACUAUUUUUUUAUAUCGCAUUUACGAUAAUAUCAGA